AAGUAUCAACGCCAUAUACUCGCUGUACUUGCCCUUAAUUGUAAAGCAACAAAAGUGGUCUACCAAUAAGCUGAUGAAGAUUGUAAUGAUGAUGACCACAGUGUACAACGAGGUCGUCAAGCAGUUUAAUCUCGUUGAAGGUCACUACGAUUUCAGUUUAAACGAGCUGACAAGGUGGUGUCGGGGGAUUCUGAUGUAUAAAGAGGGGGACAAAGACGCGGAGGAGUAUCUGCUCGAAAUUGUAGUCUACGAGGCCCUGCGACUGUUUCAAGACAGAUUAGUGAACGAAAACCAUCGCGCCCAAUUCGAGGACAUCCUGAGGGAGCAAUUAAAGAUGCAAUGGAAUAAGGCGGGCUUGUUGCAAGACUGUAAGCGGCACGUAUUUGUUCCAGUUCCGAAGGUGGUCGCCUCUCCUCACGUCUCACUGCUUCACAAGCAAGGUGUUGAGGAGUGGACGGACGUUGUCAAAAAAGGAAUCGUCCAGUACGAACGCGAAGGUGACGUCCUGGAGGUGCUAGUCAUCCCGGAAUUGGUCCAACUGACCGCGAAGAUCGCCAAAGCUUUAGUGGAGCCAGGUGGGAAUGUUUUACUGAUUGGUGUCGCUGGUGUAGGUAGAAAGCCUUCAGUGAAGAUCAUAUCGGCGCUGCUUUCGGUAAAGCUCGUGGCGCCAAUCUUUUCCAAUUAUCCCCAGUUUAAUAACGAGUUGAAAAUGGCAAUUCAACACGCAGCCGUCGAAGGCGAAGAGACCUUCUUGCUGCUGGAAGACAGCAAUUUAAACGACAAGCGGGUCGUUGACACAGUAAGCGCGAUGCUGUGCUCUGGAGAGGUUCCCGGACUGUACACCUUCGCAGAAUUGGAAUCGCUAGCAGCAGGUCUAAAAGACGAAGCUGGACGGGCUAGUUACGAUGGAAGCCUAAUCGAUUUCUUUACCGAGCGUAUCAAGAAGAAGCUGCAUCUGGUGAUCUGCAUCGAAAGCAAUAACACCAAGUUUUCUGAGCUACUUUCAAACUGCCCGGCGCUCUACACCCAUUGCAAUGUCAUUUGGACGUCAGAAUGGGGCAAAGACACACUGGAGAGCAUCCCAAGCAUGCUAAUUGAAAGCGAAAACAAGAGUAAAAUUAAGAAAGCCACCGUCGACCUGGUGGACGGCUUCUUCGAGAUUCACGGCAUGGUCAAGCAAAGCAUUGCGAUUCCGUCGCGGUUCAUUUCGUUCGUCAAAACCUACAUCGAGGUGUUUUCGGAUAAAGUAAACGUGAUCUCCGAAAGGCAGGGAAAGUUGCAGGCCGGGGUGACCAAACUGACAGACGCGAAGAACGUGGUGGACGAAUUAAAGCUGAAGGCGAAAGAGCAGCAGGAUAAGUUGUCGCAGAAACAGGAGAAGGCAAACGCGGCACUUGAGAUGAUCAGUAGUACGAUGAAGAACGCCAACACGCAAAAGCACGAAAUGGAGAAGCUGAAACAGCACACCGAGAAGGAAAGUGUUUUUCUAGCUAAAAGAAAAGAGGAGAUCGAGGAGGAACUGUCCGAAGUGAAACCUUUGAUCGAUGCCGCCCGUACAGCCGUGGGAAACAUCAAGACCGAAUCGCUUUCAGAAAUUCGUUCGCUUCGAGCGCCACCUGACAUAAUCCGUGAUAUUUUAGAAGGCGUUUUGAGGUUGAUGGGUACUCAAGAUACGUCUUGGAACAGUAUGAAAAACUUCUUGUCCAAGCGAGGAGUUAAGGAGGAUAUUAGGUCAUUCGAUGCGUCGAGAAUUACGAGUGAAAACAGGGAGGCAGUUUCGAGGCUGUUAGCGAAUAGGAAAGAUUCGUUUGAUCCGAAAAAUGCGAAAAGGGCGUCUGUGGCGGCCGCUCCGUUGGCAGCUUGGGUAACGGCAAACGUGCGUUACUCGACCGUUAUUGAGAACAUUAAGCCCCUUGAAAGGGAACAGAAUAAGCUUAAACAGAAUUUAGCCACUGCCGAGCUUCAACUGACUGAGCUCAGUAGCGGACUAAUGGACGUAGACACCGCGGUUGCCAAGCUCAAAAAUCAACUUUCCACAUACACAAAGGAAGCGGCCGAAAUCGAGAUAAACUUAAACGCAGCCAGAGACACUUUAAAUUCGGCGGAAGGUCUGAUCAACAAGCUGAACGACGAAUAUGAACGAUGGAAGAUACAGUUGAAGGAGUUUUCGGACGAGCUGAAAAUGUUGCCCACCAAUUCCCUCUUGGCCUCGGCGUUCAUCACUUACCUUCCGGGAGAAUCGGAGGAUAGCAGAAUAGUCAUACUGGAAAAAUGGCAAGAGGUCUUGGGCGCUACCAAAUUUUCUUUGGAGGAAUUUCUCGGUUCGGAGAGGGAGCAGCUGCAGUGGCAAACCGAGGGCUUACCCGCUGACCAAUUGUCCUUGCAAAACGCUGUUAUAAUCCUCAAUACGAGUGUAACGCCGCUCUUCCUCGAUCCCUCGUCGAUCGCUUCGGAUUGGAUCAAGGCGCAUCUCAAAUCCAAAACGGUCGAAAUCGUAUCUCAAGAUUCUCCAAAGUUUAACACUGUACUAGAGCUAGCGAUCAGAUUUGGUAAAUUUCUGAUCAUCGAGGAAGUUGAGACGAUCUCUCCGACCUUAUUUCCAAUACUAAGAAAGCAGUUUGUCGACCAAGGUGAUAGAAAAUCGGUUCAUCUCAAUGGAAAACUAGUCGAUUAUCACAACGACUUCAAGCUGAUUCUUUCUUGUCGCAACGCUCAAUUGCAGCUUUCGGCCGAUCUGGCUGCCGUGGUGAAUGUUGUCAAUUUUACGACAACCCACGCGGGACUCUCAGAGCAACUACUAAUGAGCGCAAUAAAGCAAGACAGUCCCGAACUGGAAACGCGUCGCAAAGAUUUGCUGCGCCAAAGAGAGGAGCUACAGGAGAAGCAGUACAAUUUACAAAAUCGGCUCUUGGAGGAUCUGGCCAAUGCGUCCGGUGACAUUUUGCAAAAUAAGAACCUUAUGGUUUCACUGAACGAAACCAAGGCGAGCUCCAGCGCAAUUGCCACCGCCCUGGUCGAAUCCGAAGGUCUGCAUCGAAAACUGCAGGAAGAGUAUGAUGUGUACAAAGAGAUUGCCUCGUUUGCUAGUGCGCUUUAUUUCGCCAUUGACGAGUUUGCUAAUGCAAACGUGCUGUAUUCCCUAUCAGUUCCCGCUUUCAUUCGACUAUUUUUGAAAUCUCUCCCCCAACUUAAGGAAGUGCCGCGUUACCUCAAGGGUUUCGGUCCCGGUGAAGUGCUACAUUUAGAAGACCAAAGCUUCGGUUUCGUACAAAGAACUCUGAUCCAAGCGGUAUACGGCUACAUGAGCAGGGCGAUCUUUAAGGCCGACAGACUGAAGUUUGCUCUCCAUUUGUGCCACAAAAUACUGCCUCGUGAAAUUCCAUCCGAUGAGUGGAACUUUUUCAUUGGCAACUCUUUCAUUGGCAAAAUUGAUAAGGGGCAAAGUGUCCCCGAGUGGAUUCCCGAAAGUGUAUCGCGCAAUGUUGCCGCGUUGCAGGUGAGCCGAGUUUCUUAG